AUGUUGGGCUUUCAAACUCUCUCAUAUCUUCACAAUAUACCAGUCGUUCGUUCAUCAACCAAUAAACUUCACGAGAUGUAUGCCAAAGCUAAAGAUACAAGUAUGCUCGUUCGCCUUCCAUGCAAUUUAGCCGAAACAGUUGCUGAUAAAUCAUUAAAAAUUACUCUUACAGUUGCUAAUCCCCUUGUCAAACCAUUAUAUGGACUUAUGCAUCUAAUUGACGAUUAUGCUUCCGAGAAACUUCGUCAAAUUGAAUCUAAAUAUCCCGCUAUCAACACACCAACUGAAGAGGUUAUGAAUACAUUCAACGAAAAAACUGAAUCUGUUCGUCAUGUAAUGAAUUCAGUUAAGGAUACAACUACAUCAACAAUUCAACAUGGCACAGAGACUGUUUUUCAUGCAACAACAGCUACAGUACAUAAAGCAUCUGAUUGUGUCUUCUCAUUUUGUGAAACAUAUGUACCAAGAAUCCAACAUCUUAAUACCGUCAAAACAACAGAGUUAUGUGAACAUGCUUGUUUAACUGUUAGUUCAUUAUUUAAUUAUGUAUUUCAUUCGGUUCAAUCAUCAUUAAUAUGGUCCAGAAUGUUGACUGUAUAUUCUUUUUGCUUAAAAUAA